AUACAAUUGUUCAGAACCCAAACUUAGUUAUGGAACUACCAAUGACCAAACAGAUUUAUGACUACAUAGAGAGCAAAGGACCAGAAGGCGUCACAAAUAAGGAUAUCAGUGAUGAKAUGCAGUUGUUUAAAUAUGAUCGACGUGCUGCAGUAAAUUCCUUGGAAUCAAGAGGGAAUGUAAAGAGAGUGAUGACAUAUGGAGGCAGACAAUCUAUCCUGAGGUAUGUAUCACUGCCACACCUUGAUGAUAAUUUCCAUACCAAGAAAAUAAUUGAAGAACAGAAAAAACUAGAGGCUAUUCAAGAUGAAGUUAGUUUAUUGGCAGCCGAAGAAGCAAGAAGCAAAGCAGUGACUUACAGAAAACUGAAAAGAACCAAUUUUAUUGUAGACCUUUUGAAGGAGAAAAGGGUCAUCGAGGGAUGUGUCACUAUACAGAAG